AUGGAUAGGGGCCUCUUUACUGGAGUCCUAUUCUUGGAUCUCAAAAAAACAUUUGAUACUGUUGAUCGUUCAAUUCUAUUAGCUAAAUUAGAAAAGUACGGCAUCCAAGGGAGAAGCCUUGAAUGGUUUAAAUCGUACCUCAAGGACAGAAAGCAGGUUUGUUCAAUUAAUGGUAAGAAAUCGUCUGCAAAUGAUAUUAAAUGUGAGGUUCCACAGGGAUCGAAUCUUGGUCCCAUCCUUUUUCUUCUUUAUAUUAAUGAUCUCCCAAAUAGUUUGGAAAUGUCAAAACCUUCAAUGUUUGCUGACGAUACAAAUCUAACCUGUGUUGGACAAAGCUCGAGUGAAAUUGAAACCAAACUUAAUGAAGAGCUUGAGAAUGUCCACCGAUGGCUAACAGCAAAUAAACUUACUUUAAACGAUAAGAAAACCGAGUUCAUGCUCAUCGGCUCAAGAUCACGUCUUGCCUGUGUCCAUAAUAGCCCAAUAUUGAAACUAGGACGCAGACAUAUAAAACGUGUAUACUAUAAAAAGUCACUAGGUAUGGUCCUCGAUGAGUAG